CUUUGAAAUGAUCUCGAGGUGGAAGCCCGAGAAUGCGGCAUCGAUCGCAUGGACCGGCUUGUUCUUGCCCGGGCUCUGCUGUUACCUGCACUUCCUGCUGCAGCAUCUCAACCAGUACCCUGAGGUUGCGGGCAGCAGCAUUAAGCGGCUUGUGCCGGAGCAGCUCGAUGACAUCAUUCCCCGGGGAGCAACGGUGGAGGUUGUCGCCGAUGGGUUUGGUUUCACGGAGGGCACGCAGUGGGUUCAUGACACUGAGGCGGACAGGCAAUACCUGCUCUUCUCCGACAUAGCCAACAACAGGAUAUGGAAGUGGGAGGAAGGGGGCGGGCUGUUCACGCUAGGCAAGUCUCUCUUCCUGGAUCGCAGCGGCUGCCGUGGGGCCCACUGUUCGUCGAUGGAGAUGUCAGGCUCGAACGGCCUCAUGCUGGUGCCCGGGUCUGGGGAGGUGGUAAUGUGUGAGCACGGCGACCGGAGGGUGACGAGGAUGGAGAACAACGGGACGAAGACACCGCUGGCUACCCACUUCAACGGGCACCGCCUGAACAGCCCCAACGACCUCGCCAUCUCGAAGCGCGGGGACAUCUAUUUCACGGAUCCCCCGUACGGGCUGCCUUUGCGGCAAAAGGACCCCGGUUUCGCCGCCCACGGUUUCGGUGGGGUGUACCGGAUCCGCAGGGAGGUGAUCGAGGCUGCGAAAGCGGGGGAGGCGGGGGCGAGGGAGGCGGCGGGGGCCGAGCCGGAGCUCAUGGAGAAAGAGUUCACUUGGCCUAACGGGCUGGCGUUCUCCCCUGACUUCUCGAAGCUGUAUCUGGCUGUCUCGUCGCCCGAGCGCCCGGCAUGGCACGUGUACGACGUCGGGGAGGACGGAGAGCUGGCCAAUCGGAGGUUGUUCCUAGAUGCGCGGCCGAUGAAGGAGGCUUACGGCGUGGGGGUACCGGACGGGGUGAAGGUCGACGAAAGAGGGAACAUUUUCGCCGCAGCACCCGGGGGCGUUGCAGUAGUGUCCCCGGGGGGGCAGCACCUGGGAAUGAUCUUGACGGGAGGGGUGUUCGUGGCGAACGUCGCUCUGGCGGACGACGGGUACCUGUACAUGGCGGCGUCGGAGAGAGUGUUGAGAGUCAAAGUUCUUACCAAAGCAGCACCCGCUCCGCUCUCAAUAGACUAGAUAGACUGACCGUGAGGUUAUUUUUUUCUCUCGGUGAGUUUUGGUUGCGCCAAUUUAUUUUCUCUCUUUUUGGCAAAACGUGUUGUUUGUGUUUGGAAGGGCCACGGGGUAGUGAGGGGAGGGGGACGCUACUCAUGAUUUGAGUAGGGCCGAGAAUUAAUUAUCUUGGGUCUUGUGUGCGAGAUUCUUGGUGGUUUGUUGUUGUUGCCGUUGAUACCGAUGUUGGUGCGUCUUCGCCGUUGUCCUCGUGUUGAUUAAUAUAGGAGUAUACGGUAUUCGUUUGUGUCCGGGAAAAUAACUCUUUUUGUGAGGAAACACAUCUGUAGCAUAUAUACAUACCUGGUACUCUCUUAUGUAGUGGUGUACGAAACACGUCCCGCUGCCAUGUGCUUUGUGCUCUACGGUGCAUCAAGUGCAUAUUUGUAGCUCUAGAAAAUACACAUCGAUCUGUUGAUGCGUCUCUAGGGUCUUCGGCCGGUGUGCCGCCAGGGGUGCACGCGUCGUACGUGUUUUUUUUACAAACACAUCUUAUUCACACCUCCGCGACAUUACGAGUGUCGCCGGCAGAGGUUUCACGCCACCCGCUUUCGUGUGUGUGCUAUGCAUAUCUGUACAAGCAACGAAACCUUC